UUUGAUCUUACCUGUUCCUCUAUCCAGCCACGCGCUGUCUUCCCGGCUUCUGUAGUGUCGCUCGGCAUGACAGCCGGGUGCCCAGUGCGCAUGAGCGAGAAGCACUUGCGCUUUGUGAUUGGUCCGGCGGCUUCUGGGAUCUGUCAUGUGUCCCAGGUACCGCCUUACCAUUCACAAAAAGCACCUCUUCUUGCGCAUGCGCACUUGGCACCGGCUGGGAAGACAGUGCGCCGCACCGUAGAGGAACAGGUAAGGUCAAAGAACAACUCCGCGGAAGUAAGAGCGGGUACAUGUCCCGCUGCAGAGCUG